AUGAUAUGCAAAGUCGGCCGAGCGAUUCGAGCUGUCCGAUCCGGUCAAAUACCCAGAGACCCUCCUUCUCCCACUGACGCCAAAGGAGCAAUCGACGACGCUCUUUCAGCUUGGGAAAAGCAGCUGCCAGAACAGUUACGAUACCGCGAAGGGGAGGAGCGAAGCCCACAGGCCAUGCUGUUUGCAGCGAUGCUGAUGCUGGGCCUGCAUUUCUGCCGGAUUGUGCUGCAUCGAAAAGGGUUCUUGGACUCGAAACACAAGAACGAAACCAACUCGAGGGCCCUGGCGUCUGCUAAUGCCGUGACUCGCAUUGUCGAAGAAUUACUCAGUGAGGGUCUCCUGCCGCGGGCACAAGUACAUUUAAUCGCGGUCAUUUUCGCCUCGUUUACCAUCCAUAUCGUUUCGAUGGAGCAAAGCCAGGGCGCACGCAGACGAGUCCUGCAACACAAAUCCAAGCUGUGCCUAUUAGGUCUCGCAGAGUUUCGUGACUAUUGGCCAUUUGUCGACUGGAUGUAUCGACUAUUUAGCAGUCUGCUGCACUGGCUGGAGGUGGGAGACAGCAGCACCACUUCCUUGUCCUCCGAAGGCCACAAUCAGGGACUAUGGACAACCACCGCUACCCAGCUUCGUCCGGAGAACAUGACCCUACAAGCCGCUGAACUGAUGGACAGCACUACAGAUAUCACUACCACCCAUGGUGGCGAUAACAACACGGCCAUGUCUCUCCCACUCUCCUAUGAGCAAGAUGCGAGUUCCAUGGCCGAUGCUCAGCCCCCCGAUCAUUCCGGCAUGCUCCAGCAAUUCAUGUCCGGCAUGUUGGCAUCAGAAAACUUUCUCGACCCGUUUCUGCCACCCCUGGAAAAUCUCGAUUGGGAUGAUCCCAACAUGGCAGGAAAUCCCAUGCUCUGGACAUCCACGCCGCUACCCACGGUGGAAAGAGGGUCUCUGUCCUGA